GUGACUCCCUUGUCCCAUCCCACCACCCUAGUAGAACUCUUCACCAUUAUUCCAUCUUUGUUUGACCACACACAUUACGAUUGAGGUCUACUUGAAUGAUGAAGCAAGUUCAAUUCCCUUAUCUUCUUUUAUUCAUCUUCUUCCUCCAUUGCACCACAACAUCUGCUCAGUCCCAGGCACCAACACCAUCAGGCCCUGUCAACAUCACCGGAAUCCUCGAGAAGGCAGGCCAGUUCAGCACCUUCAUUCGGCUUCUGAGAAGCACCCAGGAGGCUGACCAAAUCAACACACAGCUUAACAACUCCAACCAAGGCCUCACCAUCUUUGCACCAACAGACAAUGCUUUCUCCAACCUCAAAUCUGGCACGCUAAACUCUCUCACAGAUGAACAAAAAGUUCAGCUUGUGCAAUUCCAUAUCCUACCCUCUUUCUUUUCUAUAUCACAAUUCCAAACUGUGAGCAAUCCUUUGCGCACACAGGCUGGUAAUAGCGACAACGGCCAAUUCCCACUGAAUGUAACCACAUCAGGAAAUCAAGUGAAUGUAACAACAGGGGUUGUCGAUGCAACAGUAGCAAAUACUAUAUAUACUAAUAGCCAGCUUGCUGUUUAUCAGGUGGACCAGGUCCUCCGUCCAUUGGCAAUUUUUGGGACACCAACUGCCGCACCUGCUCCAGCACCAUCUAGCAGUAAGCCUGAAAAGAGAAUUUCAGGUUCAGAUGCUCCUUCAGGUUCUUCAGAUGAUGCCUCGGUUAAUACUUCGGAGGCAACAGCUCCAAACCACCCAGCAACUGCAGCAAUAUCCAUUGGAGUUGCAGUUAGUGCUGCAUUUUGUUUUCUGCUAUAAUUUUUGUUAGUUAGUUAAUGACUGUGAAAUCUUGUGGGAACGAUUGUUUUUAUCAUAUACGACAUGAAAUAACUCGAUGGUAAAUUUUUUUCUUUA